CAACAUUGGAGAGCAACACCUCCAGCUUUAGGAGAUCAGGUGAGCUCUUCGAUGUUUCCUGCGCCCGCCGUCGCCGACAGUCGGCACAUGCAGUUUUCAGGUGUGUCUUCCUCGACCGUGAGAAAUCUUUCUUCCGUGUCUUUCGACCCAGCUUCUCUUUCCACAGAAGCAGAGAGGACGUCAACAUGCUGGUGAGUGAGGACUCUCUGGAAAAUCCUCGGUGCUGUCUACGAACUCGGGCAAAGGGACUUUGACCUGCCGCCAGGCUCCCGAGGAGCGGCGGCUGUUGUGCGAGGAAGCGGCCGCAGACUCAAACAGCGCGUGUGCUGUGGACAGGAAAAAAGAUUUCUGAUAAGUGAGGAUCUUCUGAAUUCACAAGGGCUUCGACUCUCGAACAAGCUGGCUCUCUUCCGAUUCGACUGGCCCUCAUCCGAGCAGAAGAGAAACGCGCGCGUCAGGUCACAAGCCGUCACCCGCCGAAUGUCGAAGGCUAAUGCAGAGGACUUAUCUUUGGAAGACAGAAGAGCAUCUUCUGAGGUUUUCAGUAACAAUUCGUGGACGAGAGAUCUCCGAACUCCUCAACGUUGCCCCGAUGUUCUCUGAGCACCAAGGUAGACACUAUCACGGACUUGUCCCGCGUGGUGGAUGCCUCUAAAUCCCGACGUUUCUCUGCGAUUCGUCGAUUGAAGGACUCUCCGUUUUUUGCAGUUCCGACUGUGAGAAGCGGUCGGUAGAGAGCAUCCAUGCUUGUCUGUACGCCCCCCAGGAAGGUUCUGGGGUCUCGUUUCCUCAUCAGUUCAUGAAAACAAUGGCAAAAGCUUCUCGAGUUCUCCACUUUCUCUCGGCCUCUCGUCCUUGCUGUCACUCUCCUCUCACCUCUCUUCGCUCCUUGUCUUUGCUGGUGUCGAUCCCUUCGCGUUACUCUUCUUCCUCUUUCUCCUCUCUUUUCUCUCCUUCCCUGCCUUUUCCUCGACCUCGCCACUGCUCUUUUCAACGAAACUCGCCUUCUUACAGACUUGCCGCACUCACCAGCCGCGCAUCUCCGCCAUGCUCCCGACAGUCUCAGGUACGUACACCUGAGCGUCUGCCCCGCCGGUUCGUGGCAACGGCGCCGCGUUGCUGCUUUUUGGUGGGCCGCGAGGCGCGUUCUCGCGAGGCGCAUGCAGUCGUUUCGGCAUGUGGAAGAAGGCGGCAGACUCCCUGGGACAACGGGGAAAGUUCUGUCCAGACUACGCGACGACGCGCGAGACAAGAGUCCAGCACACAGCUGUCUUUUCUUGGCCGUGAGUUCUUCUCUUCUGCAGCUUCGCGUUCACACUCUGCAAGCCGAGAGAACGGACUGCGGAGGCUCUUCGGAGCAGGAGAGGAGGCUUUCUCUUCGUCUCUCCAAAGUGCUCAUUCCUCCCGUCCUGGCAACCAGUUCAUUCUCGCCUUUCCAGCUGUCUCCGCAGCUUCUCGCUGCCUGCCAGGGCUCUCUGUACACCCGAGCGGCCUCUGUGCCGCGAGGCGCCAUUUCUCCAGUUUCCUAGAGACCUCUGCGAGAGCGUACCUGUUGCAGCCGAGGUGUACGUACACGGCAGAAGGCGCCGAAUCGGAAGAUGGCGGGGGUGUGGGGGCUGCUUCUCUCACUUGGUCUUCUCGUGAAAAAGAGGAAGUUCCCAAGACCACAGAGCCGCCGUGUCUGCAGGCGCCCGCGGAUCUCCUGCCCUCCGAGCGACCUCUGCUCUCUUUCGAACUCUAUGACGCAGUCAGUCACAACUUCAGCUGCCGCGCCUCUGAGGCUCUCGGAGACAGCGGAAAUAAACUUCCACCGAGGUACUUUCAGUGGGUGAUCGACGGCGCGGCUUAUCUGCUUUUGGGGGGUCUUCUCGCAAUUGUCUCGGCAGCUCCGGCGACAGUUGUCGAGCGUCGCAUCGACAUGCACAUCAAAACACUGGCACUGACAUCAGCCAUGUACGGCGGCAUUGCGUUCUGGGGCUUCGAAGCUGCUCGCUUCGGCCGUCUCUACGUCCCUCCGGCGGGGCCGACGAGGUACCUUCUCGGCUUCUGCUCCUUGGGCCUCUGCACCCUACCUCCGAUACUAUGUGAAAUGUUCUCUCCCGCUGUCGGCUAUGCAUGCCUGACUGCUCCACUUGCUUUCCACGUCCUCGCGGCCGCCUACUUGAAGCGUCCUCCUUCGUCUCUCUUUUCUUACUGGAACAAAGCUGCCUCGAAUCCAAAAGCCCAACCAGGAAGACCUCGUCUUCGCGGUCCGGCGAAGCUUUUCGCGUCUUCUUCUGCUUCUCCCGCGUCUUGUCCCCCACACCACUGCGCUUCUCAAGGCUCAACUUCUUCUGGGUCGCAUGCUUCUUUACCGUCUGUUUCACGCCUUUCGGUUUUUGAUGUCUCGUCUCUCAGCGUCCAUGCGUUUCCUCCGGUCGGUGGUGGCUUUCUGCCUCAGUGGUGGGGUGCGACCGUCAGCCACAAGUGUCUGUUGGGUUUUUCGCUUUUUUCCACGGGAGCGGGGAUCUACGUCGCGAGAAGAGUUGAAAAGACCGCAGGGAACGAGGCUCUGGCAGAUACACAGGAAAGAGGGCCACAACGUUCCUUUCUCUCGACUCUCCGGGCGCUCUGGCGAGGGGCGGCAGACGCACAAACAGAGGAUGCAAGCGCCGCAGAAGCAGACGCGCGUGUCGUGCGGCGAGCACACGAGCGGCUGAGGGAACUGGCUAAGAGAACGCAGAGCAAUAGUGAGUAGAGAAACAGGAGAGAAAAAGACACUGCUCAUGCACUGCCGUCAAGACAACAACUGAAGCGCGUCUCUGAGGUGCACAUCUGGAAAUUUGGGGGUUCUCGUUUCUGUGAACGACCUGUUUUGGCGGAGGCUCGACUUCACGUUGGUCUGCUGGUUCGGAUUUUGGAAGACGGAGGAAUACAGAAUGGUGGAAGGGGGACAGACCGCUGGCAAAGUGGAAUGUUAUUGUUUUAUGCAGGAGGGUGACGUGCUUCGGAGAACUGGGGUCGACGGUAGGAGGUAUAUUCAUACCUCGUCCGCGUAUUGUGGCAAUCAUUAGAUUUAGAGAGUGUCGCUGUGUAAGUGGUCCGCGAUCCAGAACAGGUUUCGUUUUCGGGUGCUCGAAAGCCAGGGCAGAAUGCUUUGUCUUUGUCAGAGGCAGUUCGAAUUGGAGGGAACCCGCGCCCAGCAACGGGGUGUCUGUACACCCGACGCACGUAGACUGAAGGUUUCGUGAAAGAGCCCGGCUCGGAGCAUUCGUGUUUUACUGCCGUGGAUUUCAAGUGGCUGUUACAUCGUAUAUGCCUCGACAAAGAGCAUAGUCGGAGGCGCCUACCUCAGGUUGAAAUACCUCAUGAAAAAAACAAGACGCAGUUCGGAUUGACUGCCGUAUCG